AUGGCUAAGAAUGAAGCACAACAGCAAAACUCCUUCGCGGCAGAUGGUUUGCAGGACCUGCUUGAGGGUAUGGUCGGACCAACUGUGGCGACGCUCAUCAUGCACCCUUUCGACAUCACCAGAACGCGAAUGCAGGUGCAAGGCGAGCUUCUGCGGCGAGGCUACUACCAGGUCAUGUACCAAAGAACGUUCCAGUCUCUCCGCAUGAUGGUACAUACGGAUGGACCCUGGAGUGUAUAUCGAGGCCUCGUGCCCAGCAUUGCCUAUCGACAGGUCACGCAUGGACUGCGCCUUGGAGUCUUCCAAGUGAUCGAAGACUAUGGCAUGACAUUGGACGAGAACCUGGAGCCCAGCGUGCGGCUGAGUGCAAUCUCAGGCGGGCUGUGCGGUGCCCUUGGUGCGUUCCUGGGCAGUCCUCUUCAGCUGGUAAAGUGCCAGCUCCAGACGCGCGCAUCACCCCAAAUUGCCGUGGGCUAUCAGCACCACUACCGCUCUAGCCUCGAGGCCUUCCGCAAAAUUUACCGCGCCCAUGGCCUGAGACGAGGCCUGUGGCGUGCUGCGCAAGCCAAUGUCCUCCGGCUAUCCAUCGCCUCCGCCAUCCAGAUGGGCGCCUAUGCUAAGCGGAAGCUGUCGCAAUUCGAUGCCAACAGACCCCACCACUUCAUCAACUCCAUGGCUGCGGCGGUCUACUCGAGCAUCGCCGCUGCGCCAGCCGUCUCCACGCUGGACAUGAUCAAGACGCGCAUGUAUCUGCAGCCGGUGGACAGGCGCGGCCGCGGCAUCUACUACGCAAGUGUGCUGGACUGCGUCCGCAAGAUAUAUAUGCUGGAGGGCAUCAUGGGCUACAGUCGCGGCUUGCUCAUCGCUUUCCUUUACUCAAUCCUCAACUCGUCCAUCACGCUCCUUUCAUGGGACGAGCUCAAGCGGCUGCGUUUGGAGUCACGUGAACACCGCGAGCUUGUGGUCGAGAUCAUUCACCAGAAGGGCGUUUGA